AGCGCUUGUAAACAGAGAUGCCGGUUGGGGGACGGUCGGUGGCCCAGGCGGGCUGUCACCCGGCGCGGGGCGGGCUGCCAGGGUCCAGCCCGAGCCAGGACCCAAGACUGCACGCCCCGCAGGUGAUGGGACAGGAGCGACCGGCGGCCGGGAAAUUCAAGAUUGCCGUGGUAUAGCUUUGACAAGUACCUUCCUGUUGUCUUCAGACAAUAACCUCAAAGGAACCUUGUAUCUGACCAGUGGCAGCCGGCAAAUAAUUUUCAUUACCUGGAAAAUCUCAGCCGCCCUUCUGCUUGGCCUGCUUCUGGCAGUUGAAUGAAGGAUUCUUCUAGCCACUUCCAGAACUUCAUUGCCGAAGCACCUCUCUUUGUUGGGUGAAUGUUCAUGCAGCCCUUUCCUGAGCCCGCUGAGAAGGCUUAAGGCCUCUCGGAGCCUGCGACAUGGAAGCUUUGGAAGUGGACGAUAUCAGCCCGGCCUUGGAAGUGACCGAGGACUUCUUCAAUAGCUUUGAUAACAAGCUCGAGAACAUUGUGCAGCAAGCAGAGGUUUAUGGGAUUCAGGAAGUCCCCGAGCUGGUGGGGCGCGAGGCCCUGAGCAACAUCACAGACAAUGGUGCUAUGAGAAAUGUCGUCCCCCUGGGCAAGGGGGGCGCGAUCUGGGACCAGUGUAAGAGUCGGCACUUAGACACCAAAGCUCCAACUGUCUUCCCUGCCAAAGAACAGUUUCUGGUCCAGAAAGGGACAGCCCCGGAUAAUCUUUCCUGGAUGGAGCAGAAGGAGGCCUCCACCUUUAAUUUUUUCAACAUGUGCCAGCGUCGGAGAGACAGGCCUCGUUCUGUGAACGACUUGCUGGACGAGACUUCUACUUUCAAGCCAGGGCACGCACGCUCGAGGUCGGAUAUCACCCAGAGGGACUGGAGGGUGCUCCUCCAGGCCAUGCCUUUGCAGCCGCAGCCACCGCCACCGCCGUCCCUCCAGGACCCGCCCUUCCCUCAGCGCUCCUUCCUGCUGCCCUUACCAAAUCAAGUGGAAGAUGCUCAAGGGAAUACGGAACACAAGCAGGCAUUCCCAAACAUUCUGAAGAAAGGUUACCUGGAGAUUCGGAAGAACCACGACAGUUACUGGCAGAGCUGUUACGCCGAACUCUCGCCUUACAGCCUAUGCUUCUACAGCCUCGACGGCAGUGGAAAUCCAAUGCCCUAUGCCACCUACCUGCUCUCCCACUUCCAGAGCAUAUCUGUCCUGGGCAACCUCGAGGCCAGGCUGGUGGACACAGUCCUGUAUGACCACACACAGCUGCAGCUGAAGGCAGAGUCCCCGUGGGAGGCUCUGGACUGGGGGCAGAAGCUCUGGGAAGGCGUGCAUGCAGCCUUGCCCAUGUACCCCGGGCGGCGGGAGGAGCUGGCCCCCGUGGCAGGCCUCGGUCAUCACGUUGACUGUCCACAGAACCACUGUUUACAGAAGAACCCCAGCGAGUUGCUGCCGCCGUCCCCUGUCGUGGAUAGUUCCCGCCGGUACCAAAACAUUCUCAAAUCGGGGACCCUCUACAGGCUCACCGUCCAGAACAACUGGAAGGCCUUCACGUUUGUGCUGAGCCAGGCCUGCCUUCUGGCCUUCCAGCCGGGCAAGCUGGAUGAGGACCCCCUCCUCAGCUACAACGUGGACGUGUGUCUGGCCGUCCAGGUCGACCACCUGGACGGCUGCGACUCUUGCUUCCAAGUCAUCUUCCCCCAGGACGUGCUCCGCCUGCGUGCCGAGACCCGGCAGCGGGCCCAGGAGUGGAUGGACGCCCUGAAGACGGUGGCCAGCCUGGCGCGGAGCCCGGAGCAGAGCCAGCCCGUGGUGCUGCGGAGCAAGCCCCAGGACCAGCCGGGCGGCCAGGAGCUCAAGAAGCACAAACGCCAGUCGGUCACCUCCAGCUUCCUGAGCAUCCUGACCACGUUGUCCCUGGAGCGAGGGCUCACCGCUCAGAGCUUCAAAUGUGCAGGAUGCCCUCGAUCCAUAGGCCUUUCCAACGGGAAAGCCAAGGUGUGCAAUUACAGCGGGUGGUACUACUGCAGCAGUUGCCACGUGGACGACACUUUUCUCAUCCCAGCACGCAUUGUCCACAACUGGGACACUUCUAAGUACAAGGUAUCUAAGCAGGCCAAAGAGUUUCUGGAGUACGUGUACGAGGAGCCCCUGAUCGACAUCCAGCAGGAGAACCCCAUGCUGUACCUCCAUGCGGAGCCGCUGGCCGUGGUGGUGAGGCUGAGGCAGCGGCUGAAAUCGCUUCGAGCCUAUUUGUUCAGCUGCCGGGCAGCAGUGGCCGAGGAUCUGCGCCGCAGAAUUUUCCCCAGAGAAUACCUGCUCCAACAGAUCCACCUCUAUUCCCUCGCUGAUCUGCAGCAGGUGAUAGAGGGGAAGCUGGCUCCAUUCUUGGGCAAGGUCAUUAAAUUUGCCACCUCCCACGUGUACAGCUGCAGCCUUUGUAGCCAGAAGGGCUUCAUCUGCGAAAUCUGUAACAAUGGAGAGAUCCUCUACCCUUUUGAGGAUAUUUCAACAAGCAGGUGUGAGAGCUGUGGAGCUGUUUUCCAUUCCGAGUGCAAAGAGAAGUCUGUCCCGUGCCCGAGGUGUGUCCGCCGAGAGCUGCAGAAGAAGCAGAAGUCUUUCUGGCGGAGGCUGAAUAUGGAUGAGAGCCUGGAAGAGGCUUGCAACAUGUUUGAGCUGUCCUACCAGAACACCUGACUCGGCGCCAGCCCUGGCCAGCGAGUGACCUCUGGGUGAUCCGUCAGCCCCACGGCUGCCCAGCCAGCCAGCUAGAUCCCUUUGGAAGAGGAGCGUCUCAUCUUCCGCUAGAUUUAUAUUUUAUUUCUAUAUAUACCUACACCGGCAGGUAUAGACACGUAUAUAGACACACACACACACACACACACACACACACACACACACACACACACACACACACACACACACCCUUAUACAUCCUGUAUGGAAGUUCCUUAAAAAUUAUUAUCAUCUAGAAGGUCCGUGGAGUCUCUGUGACUCAAAAAACUCCUGAUUGCUGAAUCAAAUUUAACCAUGUGAUGAGCUACUUGCACCCAAAUAAUAUGUGGUUUACAUUCGAGGCUUUAUCGUUCAGCCUUAUUUUAUUUUAUUUUUUCUCUCUUUUGUUUUUUAAUUUUUUGGGUGGGUGGGGGAUGGCAGGGAAUGCAUAGGCUCCCAUGGGCCAUUUUAUUUCCCAGGACAUAGGGUGGGGAAGCAUAUCCUACAUGAACAGGGUUUGGGUUUAUUUUUAUGCUAUUUAUUUGUAACCUACAUGGAGGAUCGGGUAACCGAGACAGGCAUCUCUCAUUGCCUGUUUCAGAAGAAAAUCUUCAAAAUGCAGGUCUGGCUCCACGUCCGUGUGUCUCCCCUUGUUGUUUUUUUUUUUGUUUGUUUUUUUUUUUACUGACAUGGGGUUCUCCGAGGCUGUGCCAAGGGACUUGACCACCAGGAGACUCAGCAGUAAGCAUACACCCUGUUUACGAGGAGAGCUAGUACCAGUUUGGAAGCAUAUCUCAGAAAGCUUCUUCCUGGGACAAGAAGAGAACUCUGUCACCAAUAACUGUACCGUGUUGGUUUGUUUGCUGGUAGGAAUCUCCACAUCUGCCGGAUGAGGCAAUGGCCACCGUGUUUGUUGGGUCAGACUUAUGGCUCAGGGGAGGGCAGUUUCCCAAGGUUUUCACAGGAGACGUUUUAGGAGCUUUUUAAUGGUGCUUGGCUGAGGAAAUUUCCUAAGACUGCUGUUAAAGAUACCGGUUCGUAGACUGGUUGACAAGGUUUCAAGUGUUUCCAUUCCAACAGACGGUCUUCUGUUUCUUUUCACAGAUUCUUCUAUAGGCGAUUCCUGCCUGCCCUCUGGAGAUGUUUUAUUUCUCGUUGUUUUGCAUUUCCCUUUCAUUUUGACUUUUAAACGUGUCAGUUUAGUUGCUUCUGUUUCCACAUCUUAUUUUUCAUUUAAAGUAAUUAAGGUAAUAGAGAAUCCCAACUUGAGGCUAUUAAGAAAACCCCAAACUUACCAACCUAAUUAAUGAAUUAAAUCUAAUAUUGUUUAAAUAAGUAUAUAUUUAUAGAUAUGUAUACAUACACAUAUAUAUAAUUGCCACCAUCGAGCAAAAUAAGAAGCGCUAAGAAUUCUAGCCUAGGAAUAAGAACUACGUUGAAUUGCUUAACCAUGUGACACGGCAGUGUUCUCUCACUGCUAUGCCCUCUUAUAAGAGCCAGCCUAGCGAUCCCUGGACAAACUGUCAGGUAGGAAGGCACUGGAAACAGUGGAUCCCAUUUCUUUUGCCGUAUCUCUUUCCAAAUCAGAAAUACAUGCUUCUCUUAAAACAUGUCUCUCUAGACCAUAUUAGAAGAUUUGGGGUGUUUCCAGUAAGCCGAGGAUGCCUUCAAGGCUGAACAGAUUUGCUGCUCUUAGGAUCUGAAAAAAUCCAUGAUUCACACCUACCUGGUACGUUGAACUCCGGGCUCCCUUUUCCUGACCCUGUUACUCCCUCUUGAUCCCAACUUCUGGUACUUCUGUUCUUUUAGAGAUGUCGCAGACUGUUCUGCAGACUGUUCGGUGUAAACCUUACACCUCUCAACCCAUGCCAGUCCCUUUGGUCCUGGACCACACGUUUCUCCUUCCCAGCCCAGCUCCCAAACCACAAAAGUUAAAAAUCAACAAAUGAGACCACAUCACACUCAACAGCUCGGCACCAUGCAUGAAUUUAUUUCCUGAGUAUACAGGAGCUUUCGCCCAGGCAUGAACACUUACUCAAAGGCCAGGAGCCUGUUCACAAGACUCCUAGUGGUGCCUUUGCCUCUUUCGAGUACAGGUUCACUCCCCCGGACAGAUACAGGGAACGCUGCACACAAAAGAAAAAGAGCGGAAAAAUCCCAAACAAAAACUUGGCAAGCAGGCAAAUAAGUGUGAUCGUCUCCACUUGCCUCCGCCCUCUCAUGAAAUACAGUAUUUCUAUUUUCCAGCCUCUAAGAAGAUAGCAGAACAUGAUCUUUCACAAGAGAGUUAUAGACCAGCUUAUUAUAAAAACAGAUGUGCUCCCCUGGCAAAGUGCCUUUUCCUCCGCCUCCGGCUCCCUGUCACCGUAGCUUCUAUUGGCCUUCGGCGUAAUUAAUGCAUCCGUGAUUCUGACUGUCGACAAGGCCGUCCCGGCACUCUGCACGGGGAGACCUGAAGUUCAGGGCUGUCUCUUCCCCUGCUAGCAUGUUUGCACGCUGUGCCAACAGACACCCAGGGUGAGACCUGGUGAGCAUCGGGGUUAAAUUCUGGAUUCCUGUUGUAAAGGUCUUUGUUUUCACCAGUGUCCAUUUAGAGGGCCUCGCUAAAUAUUAACAGUCCCUGUGAACUCGUCAGGAGAACCUUCCACCCACAUCAUUUUCUGCUUAUUUUCCAAAGGGGGGGUGGGGUGGGGAAAAACAACUUAGCAGCACUGUCAACAUCAGCUACCCAGCGCUGGACCUGUACCCAGCCACUUGGGUUUACUCUCCCUUUUGUACACCCCUGGCAGCCGCAUCGCUGCAGGCCGAAGGCCUCCCCACCCCACAGUCUCAGCCACCAUCGCCCACGUGGGAUGGGACAGAGCAGAGUCCGCCUAAGGAGAGGGACUUCCCGAAGUCUGCCAUGAAAAUUCAGAAUUGUGCUCUCCUCCCGGCCCAGAUGCCUUAGACACUGGACACCACCCCUGUGUUCCCAUCCCAGACCAGUUACUUGGCUUCCUCGUAGGUCAUUGUUCCCCCUCCUUAGGAGCUGUUGGAACAAAAGCAGAUCUGAGGAUUGCCACUUCCUUAAAACCAGGCUAAUACCUGCUUCCCCCGAUGUUCCAUUUUGCAUCCCACAUUUAAAAGCCUGUGCUUACAGCCCUGGAUAAAAGGGCCAGAUUGUCUCUGGGAGCUGGCAGCCGUUCUCAGGGGAACCUCUUUUCACUUGGAAAGUCCAUUCCCGGCUCUACCACUUGAGGAAAUCCCUCCGAGCUGUGCCAGCAGCUCAUGUGUGAGACAGUUCCACCCUGGUGAAGACUUGGCAUCGAACCCGCCGUAAAGCAGCCAGUCCCUAAAAUAGACCUGCAUUUGUACCACUGCAGGAAGGCCAGGAGGUACUUAAGAAGCAGUCAACCAGAAAGGGAAUUGUGUUCUUUCCAGAUCUGCUUUUGCCCCGAGACUUUAUAGCAAAACCAUGUCAAUGCUUAUCUCCCUGCUUUGUCUCACUGCCUUUUCAGGGGACUGUGUAGUAGUUGUUCACAUGUCUAGUGCUAAAGGGAAAUAUUUUUAGGAGCUUUUAAUAUUUGAAGAACUGGGAGGGUAAUCCUCUUUGAUUUCUUCUAGAAUAGAUCUCCACACACAAAAAAAAGGGGACUAUAUUUCCACUAGCACUUGGGUGGUGUCCUUUGGACUUCUGUUAAAAAAAAAAAAAUCUCCAUCCAGCAGCCACGAGGGCCCGGUGGGAGGUCACGGAAGAUGCCUUGUGCAGCCUGCGCUGAGCUGCAGUGUGUCCCCUUUGCAGGAGCCUGGCCUGUGUUGUCUCUGCUUGUGCACACGCAGAACCUUAACAUUGGAGUUCCUUCCUGGGUCUCCCCAAAAGAAAAGGGGGAUGCAGCUUUGGUCUCUCCCCAUUGGGCAGGAAAGGCCACAUGUAAUUACUCCAUCUGGGCGGGACUAGUCUGAUGCUGCUCGGAACACUUUCUGCAAAAGACAGGCAUUGUCCAAGGAAGCAGAGAAAUAGCCUCCUCCUGAUUGAUGGUAAGGCUGCUGCUGCUUAUGUGUGUGUGCAGAAUUCUUCAUCGGCAGCACUUUAUUGAGCUAACUAGAUGAUGAAGGAAUCCUCAUUCCUCAUUCUUCCAAUACUGCCUAGAUUCAACACAAAAGUUUUGGUUCCGUUGUUUGUUUUACCUCUUCUAGUAAAGAUGCAUGCAGCAGUUCCUCUUUUUUUUUUUUUUUUUUUUUAGUUUUCUGUCUUAUUCCUUUUCUUACUCUGAGAUAAUGUGAAAAAGGUAGAGAAUUAGGGGCAAGCCUGAGAGAAAGGAAUCCCUUCUCCCUUUGGCAUGAAUUGAAUCAGUAGAAAUACUCUCUGCUUUCCUUCUCUUGGUUCUUUUAACCACUGGGCUUAAGGAGCUUUGUGUAUUAUGUACCUUUAACUGUUCUUCUAAUCCAAAAUCGAGUAGAACUAACUUCUGUAGCCUAUACCCCACGUUGGGCAAAUAAGCCCAGGUCAGUUUAUCUAAAAGACUAAUAGCUGAUUUCUGUCCCAUGAAACAGUGAGCUGACAACCAAGCCCCAGCACCCUGCAGCCUUCUUGGUGGGCAAUACUCAUUUCCUUGCACUGAAAAAAAAAAAUCUUCUUAGCAUGUUUUAGUAGUGGGUGCUCGACUAAGGCAAAACUCAAUUAUUGUUAAACUCUUGGUAAAAUUUGAAAAUGGAGAAUACCCUCCCAAGCAAGGGGCAAAAGGAUCGUGUACAUCGCACAGGUGGCCCUCCGAUGUGACGGAAGGCGUGGUUCAGUGUGAGAGAGGAGACGGCAGCUGUUUCACGUCAGCCCCUGCCUGUGGACAAGGAAGCCACCUUGCUAGAAAACCCUGGGGUGAAGUCAGCUGGGCCCGAGCUGCAAGAGUCAGGCGCUGGCAACAGCCUUUCCUUUUGCUGGGGAGCGUCAAACCAGCCUCUCCCCUCGCCCCCGGUCACCCCUCCUGAGCCCAGGCUCAGAUCCAGGCCUCACAGCUAGUGAACCGGCUUGCGCACCACCAGGGCCCACGGCUGCUCCUCCCCGCUGGCCGGGCCCUUGUUCCUCACCCCCGUAGGAGUGCCUUAUAGUACUGCCUAGUGCUUCUAGUCUAGCCCGACCCACUUGAAGCCCGCGGGACCUGCGCCUCAACAGGGACCACUCUGCUUGUCCAGCCCCGCCGGUUCCUCUCUAUGCGCUGGGACCCUGCCCGUGCCACCUGCAUGAGGACCGUUCACCUUUGUUUAACCUGGUGCCUUAACCUCAUGCGUCGGAAGCGUUCCUGUGGGAAGCACACAGUUGAAGUAGCCCGGCAGCUCCAUUGGCUUCACGACUCCAUUGCCGCCUUUCACCAGGAAACACACAUGACACAGCCACCUCAUGGUUUAACUUGGCAGGAUGCGAGGGUUCUGUUGGUGGUGGUUUUUAAUCACUCUCUUUUGUCGGUUUGCGUGCAUGCUUGCCUUCAUUAAGCAAACUCAGGGGAAAUGUCAUGAUGUCAUCAAGAUCAGUGGGUAGCAAUGCAACCGGAUUUGACUCUUGUAACAAAGAAUCUAGCUCUUUUUUUUUCCCCCAGGUUUAAAAUAAAAUGACAUAGACACAAGGUAUUUUCUCCGUAGAGAAGUUUUCUUUUGGAUUUUGCCACUUGUUUCCCAAAUGGGAAGCCUGGGGGAAACGUAGAGCUGAGAACGGUCUGUGUGACGUGGGCAGUCACACUCACUGCCUGGGCUCUGACGGCUCAGAAAGCCAGAAGACUGCCGUCAGCAGUGAAAAGGGAAAGCUGGGGCCGGAGCGAUAGCACAGCGGGUAGGGCGUUUGCCUUGCACGUGGCCGACCCGGGUUCAAUCCCCGGCAUCCCAUAUGGUCCCUCAAGCACCGCCAGGAGUAAUUCCUGAGUGCAAAGCCAGGAGUAACCCCUGAGCAUCGCUGGGUGUGACCCAAAAUAGCAAAAAAAAAAAAAAAAAAAAAAGAAAAGAAAAGGGAAAGCUGUCUUUAAGGAGCAGGAGGAUACAGAGAAAUGGUGAAUUGCAAACGAAGACCAGUGAAUGUGCCUGCUCACGCGGGGGAUGUCGGCUCAGCAUGUUCUUACGUUUCUGGAUCAGAGAUGUGCGCGUUAUUUUGGUUUGGGCUUGGGUUUUGCCUUUCCGCUCGUGGUACAGAAUCGACUACAGGUUGGGGUUGGGGCUAUUCUAUCACUCUGUGCUGAGCUAUCUGUAAAAGCAAAUGUAUUCCCUUACAUAUGUGUCGCUUCUGUUUUCAGAAUUUGUUGUUUCUGUUCUCAGAAUUUUAUUGCCUUUUGUUUUAGGCCUAACUUCUUCUUUAUGUAUUUGUUUACAUCAUAUUUAUUAUGUCAGUAAUUGUCAUCAUUGUCGACAGGUGACCCUUAGUCACCUGUCAUUCCGUUCAAGUGCACCAGUUCCUAAUGUAUAAAGUGCUCUCUCCCAAUAAACAAUGCAGAAAAUACUUUCUCUUCUCCUAAUAACUUCAUUAAAAAUAUUGGUUUUGGGCGGGGGGGUGAUAAAAAGCCCAAGAUGAGCCCUGGAUAUUAAUUCUAAGUCA